AAGAGGGGACAGAAGAGGAACAUAUGGACGGUCAAUCAUGUUGAGGGAACAAAACUCAGGAUGAACAAGAGGAGAAGACCCAGUUACCGUCCUGAAGACCAAGAAGCAUUCUACCGACUUCUGGAGGAUCCCGUGAUCCAGAGCUUCUUGGAAGCUGACAUUUUCCUCAAAGUGUCUGAUAAGUACCUGCUUUCCAUGGUGGUGGAGUACUUUGGCCGUGUCGGGCUGCCUGGACACCUCUACAACAGGAUCCACUUCUUCCUGGCCCUCUACAUUGCCUCCGACAUGGAGGAGGACAACCCCACAUCCAAACGGAGCAUCUUCCAGUUCCUGCUGGGCAGGGAGCACUGGCCUGACCUCUACAAGGAGUUCCUGAAGUUGAAGGUGGAGUUCUUCCAUGCAAUGGGGCACCGAGCCUGGGUCACCCCGGAGUUGUGUGAGGAGAUCCAGGCCCAGAACCCACAUCACUGGGUCUGGAGUCGGGCGCGCCAGUGCGCCCCCUAGGUCCCCAGGGAACAGAGCGGGGGGCUGCAGGUGGUCCAGGGUGUGAUGGAGCCUAUUCUGACCCUAGGAAAAAGAAGGUCAAGUGUGCUCUGUGAUAAACCAAGUUUGGGAUAAAGCUUAAUUCAUCCACAGCCUUCUUAUUUGAGGACCAACAGCUACUAUAUAUACCAGAAUCUCAAAUUCCAAAGAAAAUUGCAUUAU